AUGGGUGAAUCGUCCACCCCAAGAGAGGAAGAAAAGUUUGAUAACAACUCGAUGCUCCUCCAGGCACUAUCAGCAUUAAGUAUGGCAACCGAAAAUAUGGCCGCGCAGCAGAUUCCGACACCCUCAAAAUUCCACAUUGGGGACGACUGCGAUCGGUGGGAAUCCCAAGCCCGGCGAUACCUACGCAUGUGGGAACCCGCCAAACGACAGUACAUAUUGUUGUCUCUUGUAGACGAAACGGUGUACGACCAGAUCCAUCAGGAAGUCCCCGAAGAUGUCACGGAUGAAACUUUCGACAUAAUACGCGACCCGACGAGACCGCUCAUCGGUUUGCUGCUGAAUUGCGAAAGCUGGCUACAUCGGUUCGCCGAUGGUGUCCGCUCAGCUGCCGUGCAAAACUCGUUCGCGGAGAAACCUCCAAUGUCUCUGAAAGAAGCCGUUGGUCGCGCUUCGUCCCUCGAAGAGCCGCCAGCAGCCCCCAGACAUGUGUUGGACCCAGGUCUUGUGAAACGCCGAUGGAGCCCCAGACGCCACCCGAUGAAACGAGACGGCCAGGGACCCAGUAGUCGCGAGCAACAGAAGAAGCAGUGGAACAGCUCGGGCUCACGGAACNGUUGUCUCUUGUAG